AUGAAAGCGAAUGCGGAACGAUUGUGGCAAAUGCUAAUGGAAAUGGCAAAAAUUGGCGCAACAGAUAAAGGCGGAAACACACGACGCGCAGGGCUUUCGACGACGGCAUUACCUAUCGUUAUGGGGAGUCAUUUAGAUACCCAGCCCAAAGGUGGACGUUUCGAUGGCAUUUAUGGUGUUUUGUCGGGCAUGGAAGUGUUACAGCGUUUGACGGAAGAAGGCAUCCAUACCCACCAUCCUUUGGAAGUGGUGGUGUGGACCAAUGAAGAAGGUGCACGUUUUACUCCAGCGAUGAUGGGUUCUGCGGUAUUUACUGGGCUUUUACCGAAGCAAAAAGUCUAUGAGAGUACAGAUAAACAGGGUAUUUCGGUUUAUUCAGAAUUGGUCCGUACAGGCCAACUGGGAGAAACACCUUUAGCGCGUCCAUUUAAAGCAUAUUACGAAGCACAUAUAGAGCAAGGCCCUGUGUUGGAACAGAGCCAAGUUGCGAUUGGGGUCGUUACGGGUGGGCAAGCCAUUUUAUGGUUAGAUGUUGAAACCAAAGGUAAAGCGGCACAUGCAGGCACAACACCAAUGCAUAUGCGUAAAGAUACCAUGGUGGGUUCGGCGGCGAUGAUUGUGGAAUUAGAACACAAUGUCCGUAAGCGCUUCCCAGAGGGCUUGGUCACCUUUGGUGAAAUGCAAGUAGCAAACUCUUCA